AUGAGACCAGCCAAUGUGGAUGAGGAGCAAGUCAAGUUGAGGGCAUUCCCAUUUACGUUAGAAGCUAAGGCAAAGGAGUGGCUUUAUAAUUUACCUCCAGGAUCAAUGAACACAUGGAACCAGGUGAAGCAAGCAGUCUUGGAGCAAUAUUUUCCGGCCACAAAAGCUGUAAGCAUAAGGAAAGACAUAUGUGCAAUCCGACAACAACAUGGAGAGCCCUUUGGAGAUUACUUUGAGCGAUUCACACAUUUGGUUGCAUCUUGUCCUAAUCAUCAAAUUUCAGAGCAUCUUUUAAUACAAUAUUUUUAUGAAGGAUUAUAUGGUACUGAUCGUGUAAUGCUUGAUGCAGCAAGUGGAGGAGCAUUCAUGGACAAGACACCAAUAAAUGCUAAGGCAUUAUUAAAGAACAUUGCUGGCAACACACGACAAUUUGGAGGGAGAGAUGAGCUACCUCUUAAGAAAGUUAACGAAGUAAGUGCUAACUCUAGUAUUGAAUUACAAUUAGCUAACUUGACUAAUCUUGUGCAACAGGUUAUGGUGCCUCCAAAACAGGUGUGCGGUGUUUGUUCAAUAAUGGGACAUGCCAUGGAUAUGUGCCCUUCGUUAAUGGAUCAAGGUGGUCUUGAGCAAGCUAAUGCGUUAGGAGGGUUUCAGGGGCAACAAAUACAAAAGUAUGAUCCAUACUCCAACAACUAUAACGCAGGGUGGCGCAAUCAUCCACACUUAAAGUGGAACAAUCAAGACAACGAACAACAAUCUGUUCCCAACAACUAUAACCGUCCACCUGGCUUCUUUCAAGCAAGAGCGCAGGCACCGUUUCAGCCUCAACAACAACAAGCUCCAAGUAAGUCUCUUGAGGAUUUAAUUGCUUCUUUAGCUAACUCUACUCAAUCUCAUUAA